AUGGAUGAUGAUACUGAUCAUGGACUUGGAAGUGGGAAGAGGAAGAGUUCAUGGAUGAAGAUGUUUGGUGACUUGUGGAAGAAGAAAGGGCACAAAGCUUACGUAUUCCUGGCAAAAAAGUAUAAAGCAGCCUUCACAGGACGGAGAGAGACAGAGUAUGCGAAGAGUGUGAGAAGAAAGAGAGAGAGAGAAAGACAAAGAAACUGUUUUGUGAGUUACCCAUUCGAGGAAUCAAAGCAUCUUUUCUCGAGCUCACAAAGAAGAAGACAAAGAGAAAAAGGGGCAGAAAAUAAGAGAAAGGGGCAGAAGAUAAGGGUGAAAUUAGGGUUUUCCUUCAUUUCUCUAAAUAAGUGCUGUCCAUCUUGGGAGAUUAAGUAG